AUGCAGUUUCUUCUCUCUGGUGCCCUUGUGGCCCUCGCUGGAGUAGCCCAAGCCCAAGUAGGAGGCUACGGCCAGUGUGGAGGACAAGGUUACUCUGGAAGCUCAAUCUGCACCGCCGGCUUUGUCUGUGCUUCACAAAAUGCUUGGUUCUACCAAUGCAUUCCAGGCACAACAACUAGUAGCAGUACGACCACAGCUGCUGAAACAUCCACUGCUUCUAUAACCAAGGCCACUACUACUACUUCACUGACCCCAAGCACCAAAACAACAGCCCAGGCUGCCACUGCUACCGCGACUGCUCCCGCGGGAGGCGCUACAUGCACUGGAGCAUUCAGUUCUAUUUCAGCCUCAAACUUCGUUUCUAACCUUCACCCUGGAUGGAAUCUGGGAAAUACACUCGAUGCUGUUCCUGACGAGGGAUCUUGGAACAAUGCUGCCGUCGUUGCAUCCACGUUCGAUACUGUGAAGUCUGCUGGCUUCAAGAGUGUCCGCAUCCCCGUUACAUGGGCUUAUCACUUUACAGAAAGCUCACCUGAUUGGACAGUUGAUUCGGCUUGGUUACAGCGAGUAUCUGACGUUGUUGAUAUGGUGACAUCUCGUGGAUUGUAUGCCAUUGUUAAUGUGCAUCACGAUUCGUGGAUCUGGGCUGAUGUCACUCAAUCUGGCGCCAAUCUCACCAUGAUCGAGGAGAAGUUCUACCGACUGUGGUAUCAAAUUGGAACAAAGCUGGCCUGCAAGUCCAGCCUUGUCGCAUUCGAGUCUAUCAACGAGCCCCCUUGCAACACUGCAACUGAUGCCGCAGAGAUCAACAAGUUGAACAAAAUCUUCCUCCAGGCUAUCAAUGAUGCUGGUGGUUUCAACUCGCAGCGAGUGGUUAAUCUCAGCGGUGGUGGCCAGGAUAGUGUCAAGACUUCGCAGUGGUUCGAGGCCCCUACUGGAUUCUCGAAUCCUUAUGCUAUCCAGUUCCAUUACUACAGUCCCUAUGACUUCAUCUUCAGUGCUUGGGGCAAGACCAUCUGGGGCUCUGACAGCGACAAAGCUGCAGUGGAAACCGACUUCCAACUCAUCCGCAGCAAUUUUACCAAAGUUCCUCUCAUCCUCGGAGAAUACGAUGCAUCGCCCACCAAUACCGAGCCCGCUGCCCGAUGGAAAUACGCCGACUUCCUGAUGAGGACAGCCCGCGACCUCGAUAUCUCUUGUGUCCUGUGGGAUAAUGGAUUGGAUCACCUCAACCGUGACACCAAGGUCUGGAGAGAUACUAACUCGAUUUCCAUCAUUACCAAGUCAACUGCGUCCACUGCCAACAGCUUGCCGGACAGCACUGAAGAUGGUUCUGCGACUACCCAGUCUUCCUCGGCUUAUAUCUUCCAUCAAUAUGGGACGGCUGUUGCUGCGUAUACCUUGCCUUUCAUAUUUAAUGGCAACACGCUCUCGUCUAUCAGUGACUCCACCGGCUCGACUUUGGUAUCUGGAACUGAUUAUUCCGUCUCGGGAGGGAAUAUCGUCUUCACAGCUUCUUACCUGUCCAAGCAUCUCUCCGCCACGACUACACCAGGAGUCGUCGCUACCUUGACCCUGAAAUUCUCUGGUGGCGCUUCAUCGCCUACAGUCCAGAUUGUUCAAUGGAAGACUCCCACCUUGUCCAGCACAUCGGCUGUGGCAUCUUCGGUCUCUGGCUCUGAUCUUUCCAUCCCCAUCACUUGGGGUGGACUUCCCACUGUCGCUGCUGUCAAGGCUCUCACCAAGAGCGGAAUACCCUUGAUUGAUGAAUGGACUCAAUACCUUGGCCCUAUACAACAGUCCAGAAUUACCUACAGCGGCCAGUACAACUGGGAUUCAUCCAACGUGAUUCUUACUUCGUCGAUUAUCAGCUCUGUCAUCUCUGCUGGUCAGUCGACAGUCUUCACGUUUGAAUUCUUCCCGCGCGAUAAUGGUGCUGUGAAUGCUGCCAACUUCACUUUGACCGUUUAG